UACAUUCUCUAAAAGAUCCUUAAAAAACCCCAAUUUGAUUCUAAUGGCUACUGUUCAAUAUUUAAAUUUAUCACAAUCAUUGUAAUAUAAAUUUGAAUAUUUAGAAAAUAAAUACACAAUCACAAACGUAAAUAAAAAUAAAAAAUAAAACACCAAGUUCAUUGUAAAAAAUCUUUCAAUGGUAAACUGAUAGUUGCUUGGCAAAAUGGCGGAUAUAGAUCCAGACACAUUGCUGGAAUGGCUUACUAUGGGUGCAGGUGAUGAAAGGGACAUGCAAAUGAUUGCAUUAGAACAGCUAUGUAUGCUGUUACUCAUGUCUGAUAAUGUUGAUCGAUGUUUUGAAAGUUGUCCCCCUCGAUCCUUUUUGCCAGCAUUAUGUCAUAUAUUUAUGGAUGAAACUGCCCCAGACAACAUUUUGGAAGUGACUGCAAGAGCGAUUACUUACUAUCUUGACGUUUCUGCAGAAUGUUCAAGAAGAAUUGUUAAUGAGAGCGGUGCUGUUAAAGCAUUAUGCACCCGUCUUGUAGUUGUGGAUAUUAGUUCAAGAACUAGCAGGGAUCUGGCAGAACAAUGUGUAAAAGUUCUUGAGUUGAUGUGUACAAGAGAAGCUGGUGCCAUUUACGAGGCUGGUGGGCUUAAUUGCAUGUUAACCUUCAUUAGAGAGUAUGGUUCACAAAUUCAUAAAGAUACUCUUCAUUCUGCAAUGUCUGUUGUUGCACGUUUAUGUAGCAAAAUGGAACCAGCAGAUGAAACGCUGGAAGGAUGCAUGGAUUCACUUUCUAAAUUGUUACAGCACGAGGACAGCUAUGUAGCAGAUGUGGCACUCAAAUGUUUCGCUUGCUUGGCAGAUCGGUUUACUCGUCGUGGUGUUGACCCUGCACCCCUUGCCAAGCAUGGCUUGACUGAAGAACUGUUAAAAAAACUUGUCAGCUCUGCAUUAGCUUGCAAUUUAAAUACAUCAACUAAUCUUAAUGCAAGCAUGACAGAAUCUCGAAGUAGUUCUGGAAAUGUUUCAAUUAUUGUUAGUGUCUUAUCAAUGUUGUGUCGUGGUUCUCCAACAGUCACACACGAUUUGUUACGAUCAAGUCUUCCUGAUGCUAUCGAAACUGCUAUGAAAGGGGAUGAAAGGUGUGUGCUUGACACAAUGAGACUCGUUGACCUUCUUCUAGUUUUAUUAUUUGAAGGAAGAGAUGCCUUACCAAAAUCAACUUUAACUACAACUCGAGGUUCGUUAAGUACUCUUCGUAAGACAGACAGUGCUGGAGAUAAAUCUCAUCGACAGUUGAUUGAUUGUAUCAGAAGCAAAGAUACGGAUGCUCUCAUGGAAGCUAUAGAUUCAAGUACUUUUGAUGUGAAUUUCAUGGAUGAUGUGGGACAAACACUUUUAAAUUGGGCAUCAGCUUUCGGAACAUUGGAAAUGGUUGAAUUUUUAUGUCAACGAGGUGCUGAUGUUAAUCGUGGACAACGAUCAUCGUCUUUGCACUAUGCUGCUUGUUUUGGUAGACCAGCUGUUGCUAAGGUUUUACUUCUUAAUGGUGCAAAUCCUGAGUUGCGGGAUGAAGAUAGCAAAACUCCACUUGACAAGGCCCGUGAAAGAAAUGACGAAGGGCAUAAAGAAGUAGUUCGUAUUUUGCAGUCUCCAGGAGAAUGGAUGGCAGCUUCUUCAGAACCUCCACCCACAGAAGUGCCCAUUGUUACAGAAAAUACAAAAACGAAAAAAUCAGAAGGAACUGAGGAAAGUGGGAAGUCUGGGGGAGAUACAGUUGAAACUGAACCGGAACAGGAUACAGAUGUUGUUACUGUAAAAGGUGAUCCCGAAAUGGCACCUGUUUAUGUGAAGAGGCUUGUUCCAGUAUUUGCUAACACAUACCAAGCUUCUUUAGUACCUUCCAUUAAAAAAGCUACUCUGUCAAUUUUAAAGAAGAUGAUUCACUAUAUACCAGUGUCUAUGAUGGAAGAUUUAGUGUCAGGAAAUGUUGCUCCACUCUUGGUUGAUGUCAUUGCUACUGCUCUUAAUGCUGAAGGUGACGAUGAAGGACAUUUGUCAGCUUUUCAUUGUGUGCAAGAUUUAAUGAGUAAAGGGCCAAACAUAUUUUUAAUUCAUUUCAUACGGCUUGGUGUCUUACAAAGAAUAACAGAGAUGUCCAAUGAAUCUGAAGAAGUUGGCCAAGAGGAUUUAAUUGAUGGUAUAGUUCAAAAGGAGGAGUGCACAAUACCGCUACAGGAUGCCACCAAACUCUUGCCAGGUCGUCCGUAUCAUUGGCAUGACUGGUGUGUUGUGCGAGGACGUGAUUGUCUGUAUUUAUGGAGCGAUUUUUGUGCAAUUGAACUAUCAAAUGGAAGCAAUGGAUGGUUUCGUUUCGUUCUUGAUGGAAAACUAGCAACAAUGUAUUCAAGUGGUAGUCCUGAAGGUGGUUCUAGUUCAUCUGAAAGUAGAACCGAAUUUUUAGAUAAGCUGCAACGUGCAAGAAGUGCUGUCCCCUCAAGUACAGUUAGUCAACCAAUUUUAUCAUCCACAAAAACAGAAAGUAUUACUGUUGGAAACUGGACAUUAAGUUGCAAAACAGAUGACCAAGUUGUUGUAAUUAAUACUGAUGGUCAGCAGGCAACAAUAUUGAAAGAAGAUCUACCUGGAUUCUUGUUUGAAUCAAAUCGUGGGACUAAACAUACGUUUACUGCUGAAACAUCAUUAGGACCAGAUUUUGCAUUUUCAUGGAAUGGUAAACCGGGGAAGAAAUUUCAAUCUAAGAAGGAACAAAUUAGACAAAAACUAUCUACCUGGGCACACAGUCUGUAUUGUAAAUACUUUAAAGAUGCAGAUAUGACACCCCACGGAGCCAUGGCAACACUUCACAAAAUUAGUGAGACCUUAAACUCAUGUGCCAGCUCUAAUGAGCCAUUCCUAGAGGAGAAAAAGAAAGAAGUUUAUGAAGCUCUACAAGAAUUGUGUACCCUUCUAAAAGAAGAAAGCAUGUUAUCAUCUUACGAGAUUCAAACAAGUGGAUUGGUUACUGCUCUAAAUAACUGUCUCAAUAAAGCUCUUCCUGUGUCCAGCAGUUUAUCCAUGAUGAAAGAGCAUUCAUAUGCAGUUGAGGUGUUUAAAAAUGUGUUUGGCCAAGCUUCAAAACAAGUAUCAUCUGAUGAAAGUUUACAUUUAUAUAGCCCGGCUGUGACUUUGGUGAGAAAGUUAAUCAUGGUACUCGAGUCCACUGAGCGAUUACCAGUACUGACAUAUGAAGGGCUUGGAGGUGGAUCAGGUUUGCAGAUUUUACUGCGCCGUUUACGAUUUAAACUGGAAAGAGGUCAUAAAUCAGGGAAUUUCAUUGACCGAACUGGUCGAUUUAUUAAGAUGGAACCAUUAACGACCGUUAAAGAGGUUGAAAAGUAUCUGCUAAAAGCUGUAGCUAAACAAUGGUUUGAUUAUGAACGCGAUUCGUUUGAAUUUAUGAAGUAUUUUAAAGAAAACAAUGAACCCCUUGUAUUCACUUAUGAGCAAGAUUUUGAUGAAAAUGGAAUUAUUUAUUGGCUUGGAACUAAUGGAAAAACUGUCAAAGACUGGGUGAACCCAGCACGACACAAUAUUGUCAAUGUAAGUGCUUCUGAAGGAAGAAGUUUACCUUACGGUCGUUUGGAGGAUGUUAUCAGUAGAGAUUCAGCUGCAGUUAACUGCCAUACCAAUGACGACAAAUCUGCUUGGUUUAUGGUUGAUCUUGGUGUGAAUGUCAUACCUACAGCUUAUACCUUAAGACACUCCAGAGGUUAUGGAAGGUCUGCUCUGCGAAAUUGGCUGUUUCAAAUGUCCAAGGAUGGUACAACAUGGAGUACUUUAAAAACACAUGAAAAUGACGAGUCACUUCAAGAGCCAGGUUCAACAUCGACAUGGCAAUUGGAAAUGCCAGAAGAAUUAAAGGAUGUAAAGGACGGAUGGAAUAUGUUGCGUAUUCAACAGAACGGUCCAAACGCAAGCCGUCAAACGUAUUAUUUAUCUGUAUCUGGGUUAGAAGUUUAUGGAAAAGUAACAGGAGUUAUGGAGCAGGUUAAAGCACCAGCAGUAGUCGAAACUGAGAGCACUCUGAAACGACAGAGAAGAGUUUUUCGUUCACAAAUGCUGAGGCACAUGGCACUAGGUGCUAAGGAAGGUUCUGAUUGGAAGUUAUUACGGGAACAUGCUCGCGCUAAGGCAAUGGCAGAAGAAAACAAGAACAACACUGGAUGGGUUGAUGUCACGUGGCCACAAAGUUCUUCAGCUGCUAAAACAAACGAAGAAAAUGCAUUCAAUGUGAAAGUUGUAGACAUAUCUGAUCCAGCCGUUCAGGCGGCCAUGUUGGAGGCUGAGAAAAGAGGAAAGAACGAAAAUAAUAAGGCUUUGCAUCAAACGACACUCGAUAAUGCGUUAAAACAAGUUGUGAUGUCAUUUGGAAAGCGGGCGUCAGACACAACUACAGACAAGAAAACCAAAGAAGAUCUGAAUAAAGGUGAUGAUCCACUCUCAACUGAAAAUAACUCUGCUGGCUCUGAGGUUGAUUUAGCUAAUUUACGUUUUUUAAUGGCAGUGGAGGAUUUAUUAGACAGUUCGUCAUCAGAUUUAGUAGCUAAUGCCUUGGCAGAAGCAGCCAGCAUGCGUGUGGAUCAACUUCGUUUAGCAACGCAGUCAUUUAGAAACACCUUACUUGAACCAUCACGAUCUCGACCAACACCAAGUGCACAGGGAUCUAGAGAAAGCCAAUCCCCUCCGUCCGAAUUAAGUGUUCCUGUUGUAGCGGAAGCUAUAGUAAAUGAAACAGAUGAAACAAUAACUAAAGAAUCUGUAGCAACUGCCACAGAUGACAUGAUAUCAGAUAAAAAAGAAGAUCAUACUUCAACGGUAGACAACGAAAGUAAUUUAACUUUAGAAUCCACGACAGCUGCAUCUGAUAAAGAUUUUGAUUCUAUGAAUAUGUCCAAAGAGGAAUGUUUGACUCAAAUUAAAAAAAUAACCUCGUCAAUGUCGGAAGUCCUCGAAGCCAUGACUUUAACAGAUCCUGCGAGUGAAUCAAAUGGUAAUUUCCCCUCUGGAAACCUUGAUGAUGAUUUUGCUGCAGCUCAGAGUGAAAAUUUAUUCACUGUUGCAGAAAAUAACUUUUUAAAUGAUAAUCAUAGCACCUUAGAGCCUAAUGUUAUUGCUAUAUUGAAUGAUGAAAAUGAUAACGAAUGCAGUCAGAGCGAUGAUGACGAUGGCGAUAAUGGUGACGAUACACCACAUGCAGAUAGAGAGAAGACACAGACCGGUUCGAUGCUAAUAGAACAAGGUAAUGAAAGUGAAACGGAAAAUGAAAUAACGAAGCUACUGGCAGAAAGUAAGGAAUUAGAUAACAUUCUAAUAGACAAGGACUACAGAGAUAACUAUGACAAUACCUCGACACUCGAAACAGACAUUUCAUCACCUAAAGAGGUAUCAGAAGAGGCUGUGAAAUCUAUGUUGCAAUUAGUUGCUGGUGACGAAGACAUAAAAGAUAUUGACAGAAUGACAAUGCAAGCAUUACAACUUUUAUCUGGUCAUAAGGGUCAACACAGUGAAAAAAUGAGCGAUUUACUUAAUACUAUUAUGUCAGAUGGUCAAAACGAAGAUAGUAAAGAUGUGAAUGUUGAUAGAAACAAUACUGUGCUUGACAAAAAAACGUCCCUUGAUAAUUCUAAAAAAUCUGAAUCAGGUGAUGACAAUACUGAGCCAGGCAUGAACUUAGAAUUUCAUUCUCAUAUUAAGAAAAAGUCUGCUACUGCUGACCCAAAACAACCCUCACAAAGUACUGACACUUCAGAUGCUACUUCAGAGGUGUCCACUACCCAUGAUUUGGAAAGUAAUCCCCCUGGAAAAGAUAGUGAAGGUGCAGAUAUCAAAAACCCUACUACAGAUCAUACUGCACAACCAACUGGAUGUAGUACUGACUUGACAGCUGACUCCAAUGUCUCCAGUGAGAUUAUACCAACUAAACCUACUGAUACAAGUGAGAGUUUGACCUCUAAAUCAACUGACAAGAAGGAGGCACACUGCGAUUCUAGUGAAAGCAAUAAGAGCAACGAGGAAGACAAACGCAUGUAUACCCUGGAAGAAAUCCUUGAGGUUCACCGAAAGAAGGAUGGCGAUAACACACUACAAAGUAAGAUAUCCACACCAAAGGUCGAUGAAAACGUUGCAAAGAUUUCAGAAGCUAUGAAGGCCGAUUUAGAAUAUUCAACUAAAGAAAAAGCAAGCAGUGAAGUGAUGAUGGAUAUAGACGAUGGUGACAACGAGGACGAAGAUGAGGAUGACGAUGAUGAAGACGAUGAUGAUGACUUUGAUGACAUAGAAAAUGAUGAUGAAAACGAAGCAGAGGACAUGUAUGAACCCAUGCAUACUCGCCACCACGAAAGACAUUACGAUCAUCAACGUAAAAUGUGGGAUGAUGACCUCGUCCUGAAGUGUCAACAUGCUGCCUUGGUUCCAGCAUUUGAUCCCAGACCCGGUCGAACUAAUGUUCAACAGACACAAGAUAUCGAAAUACCUACUGCAGAUGCACUUCAGACUAUCCAUUCGAAUUCUGUAUCUUCCAAUAUGAUGCUUUAUCUACGUGGAUCCCCUUCUAUGGGAGGCAAGGAAGUAGAGGUACCUCUGGACAAUCCACAUGCUACUGUCUUCUCAUAUGUGCAAUCGCUAGUUCUCCAUGGAGCGACUGGACCGAACAAAAACGAUCGCUUGAGGAGAGUUUGGGAACCCAACUUUACAAUUGUUUACAAAUCACGAAACGAAAGCGGUGCUGACGAUGCGGUGAACACACCACAAGAAACUGAUGUGAUCAAGUGGCGUAUAGAUUAUGUGAAAGAACAUCUUGGUUCACUUCAAUUACCCAAAUCAGAUGUAAUCAACUACUUGCAACAAAGCUGUGAUGCAGAGUUCCUGAAGAAAUGGAAAUUAACAGGCACCACGAAAUUAUGCCGAAAGCAAAGAAACUGCUCAACGUUAACAGCAGCUUACAAGGAAUUUGCGAAGCAAAAGUUAUUGGAAGCAUCGAAGCCUGAGAGUAAAGAAAAAGUUCUUCAAAUCGAGGAACCUGUUCAGAAAUCACUUGAAGAUAUUUCUGCAAUACAACAGGUGUUAGAGGUGAUCAAAUCGCUCUACCAAUUGGCUGAAGAUAUCAGUGAAACUGUGAGCUUAUCAGGAGAGUAUUUAUUUGAUGUUCCUGCUGAAGAAUUUCUCUCAAAGAAGUUGACAACAAAGUUAGCACAACAAAUACAAGAUCCGCUAUCCUUGGCUUCAGGUUCGUUACCUUUGUGGUGUGAAUAUCUCGUCAUUAAUUAUCCCACGUUGUUUCCGUUCGAAACACGACAGAUGUUUUUUAGAGCGACUGCUUUUGGAUGUUCGAGAUCGAUAGUAUGUCUGCAGAGCAUGCAAGACGCUGCACUGGAACGUACUAGAGGUCAUCCAACGAGACGAUUGGAAACACAAGAAUUUCGAAUUGGAAGAUUGAAACACGAGAGAGUGACUGUACCACGUGGGGAGGAGUUGCUUGAAACAGCCAUACAAUUGAUGGAUUUUCAUGCAGAAAGAAAAGCUGUUCUUGAGAUCGAGUUUAAAGAUGAAGAAGGAACCGGUUUAGGUCCAAGUUUGGAGUUUUACGCAUUGAUAUCGAUGGCUAUACAACGAAAUGAUUUAAACCUUUGGGUUUCCAUUGAUGAAAUUACAUCAGACGAUGAAAAAUCGUUGAUGAAGUAUAGCCGGCAUCCAAAUGGCUUGUUUCCAGCCCCCUUUUCAAGUGAUAACAGCAAUCUCGAUGAAAUUUGUCGAUUAUUUUCAUUUUUGGGUAUAUUUUUGGCGAAAUGUUUACAAGACAGCCGUUUGGUGGACAUUCCUUUAUCGGAACCUUUUUUUAAAAUGCUAUGCGCUGGCAAGGGUAAAUACGCCAAGCUUUCGAGAACUUUAUCACACACGUCAGAACUAACAGCAGACACUCAUUGUUCCGACGACGAAUCCGUUGACGAUGUAUUUGAUGCGUCAAUGACGGCGUCUGUCGAGAAAUUGGACUCGCAUUAUUUUAGUGAAGUUUUAACGGAUUGUGACUUUGAGUUAAUACAUCCGAAUAAAGCGAAAUUUUUGAAACAACUUAAAAAGUAUGUUGAAGAGAGGCAAGCAGUGCUGUGUGAUGACACGUUAAGUGAUGACCAGCGUGAGAAGAAACUUAAUGAGCUGUUGUUUCUCACCGAACAUGGCCACACAUGCAAGUUAGAAGAUUUAGGUCUUACAUUCCAGUAUGUACCGUCGUCGAAUGUGUUUGGGUUUGAUUCUGUUGAGUUGAAGCCGAAUGGCGGUGAAGAGAUGUUGGCUGGAGAAAAUGCAGAAGAAUACAUUCAACUGUUGACAGAUUUCACUAUGCAUAAGGGUGUGGCACGACAACUGGAAGCUUUUAGAGCUGGUUUUAAUCGUGUCUUUCCAAUGGAAAAACUUCAUGCUUUCAAACCACGUGAAAUUCAACUCAUGUUAUGUGGCGAGCAAGUACCAAAGUGGACAUAUGAUGAACUCUUGUUGUAUACAGAACCUAAAUAUGGGUAUCAUAAAGACAGCCCUGGGUUUUUAAGAUUGUUGAAAGUGCUGGUAGCCAUGAAUGGUAGCGAACGAAAAGCCUUCUUACAAUUUGCUACUGGUUGCUCAUCUCUCCCACCUGGUGGUAUCGCCAACCUUCAUCCUCGGUUAACGGUUGUUAAAAAAGAAGAUGAAGGAGAUGGUAGCUUCCCAUCAGUCAACACAUGUGUCCAUUACUUGAAACUACCCGAGUACUCAUCAGAAGAAGUGUUGCGUGAAAAACUACUCGCCGCCACCAAGGAGAAGGGUUUCCAUUUGAAUUAAAAGCUGGUAAGCGGAACAGGCUUUAACACCGACGUGUAGUUCGAGCUGACUCAGCAGUCAAUCAUGACGUUGUCGGAAGAAAUAGAAUUGCGUUGUUAUGAAACUCUUAUAUUUAGCGACUAUUUAAAUUUAUAUAGUAUAAAUUUUUCGGUACCAUGUUAAUAGGUUAGGAAAAUAUUUUGUUACACCGUGUUUUAUUGGCAGAAGAUGAACUUGGAUUAGCCUGACGCUUUACUUUCAUCACGGUGUAACUUCUUCUAUUCUUAUUUCAGAGUUCACUCUUUAUCUGUGCGUAUUUUACAGUUCAUUCUCGCAUGUAAACGUUAAGAAUACCAAGCUGAAACUUCAGGUUAAAACAAUAGAUCUAUUGUUUAGAACAAUAGAGAAAUCUGGUUAGAAUUUUGGUAUUCUUAUAAAAAAAGCGCAUACUAAGCUUACUCUAAAAUAAAUAAAAUAAAUAAAUUUUAAAAGUUCUUAGAUAGAAUCUUAGAGAGUUUUUAUGAAUUUCAUGCGCAAAAGUCUCGUGCAAAGGCAACACUGUUAGAUUAAAUGAGGCGCGCAUAUUAAAAAUCUUUUUGUAUUAUAGGAAAACUUGGUUUGACAUUUUAUGAAAAUAAAUAAACAAAUAAAUAAAAAAAUUGUUUAGUCACCA